GGCAAGCGUCAUGGUUGGAGGCGGGAGGAUGAUGCAGCCUGCGUGAAGCACAGGUUACGUACGAGACAUCUCCGUGAGGCCAUGGGUUCCAUCGAGAAGAGUUCAACUCGCCUCGUACACAAGAAGGCCGUGCUAAAGCCGAAAGACGCGGGGGACGAGAAGGGGGCACAAGAUGCGAAGUCGCCGAAGGCGCUCAUCCAAAUCCAGGCUGCGAGUCGAGGAUUCCUCGCCAGGAAGACGUUCGCGAAGAUGCAGGAGAAACGAGACGCGGCGGCGGUGGUGCAGCAGAACGUUCGAGUGUUUCUGAAGGUGCGAUCCUGGCCCUGGAUGAAACUUCUCUACAAGCUGAAGCCUCAGCUCAAGUCCAGCGUCCGCUCGGGUGGACACGGGGACGACGACAUCAACGUCGUGUCCGCCCUCACUUCCCUAGGAGGAGUUGGGGAAGAUCUGCAAAAGAGGGUGAUGUCGCUCUUGUUGGAGAAGAGAGAACUGCAGCAUCAAAUUCAGGCCGAGCAGGUCAACGUCACCAGCGUGGAGAUGCGUUGCGGGGGACUCAAGCAGAGCAACGUGGAGCUCCAGGGCAAGGUGGAGGCGCUGACGGAGAGGCUCCAGGACGAGGAGGAGAGGUCGGCCGACCUGGAGACCCGAACCAAGAAGCUUGAGGAGGACUCGGCCAACGCGAAGCUCUACGUUGAGGACCUGGAGCUCCUGCUGGUGAAAGGCGACAAGGAGAAGGUCGCAGUGGAGAACAAGGCCAAGAAGCUCCUCAGCGAUUUGACCACCUUGGAGGAGAGCAUUCUGAAGAUGACCAAGGAGAAUAAGGCGCUGCAAGAGAUCCACGCGCACACGCUGGAGGACCUCCGGGCAGAGGAGGACAAGGUGGUGGUGCUCAAGAACACCACUGCGCGGCUCGAGAUGCAAGUGGACGAGGUGGAGGGUGCCCUCGAGAAAGAGAAGAAGGUUCGUCUGGACUUGGAGAGGGCCAAGCGAAAGCUGGAGGUUGACCUUAAGCUCCUGGAGGACACGAUAGUGGAGAUGGAUAAUGGGAAGCAGCAACUGGAGGAGAAGUUGAGGAGGAAAGAUUUUGAAGUUGGGAAUCUCAGCAAAAGCCAUGGGGAGGAGAUGACCCUCACAUCCCAGCUCCAGAGGAAGAUCAUCGAUCUUCAGACGCGCAACUCGGAGCUGGAGGAGCGGAGCGGGAGGCUGCAGUCGGAGCUGAGCGCGGCGGAGCGGCGCGGUGCGUGCGCGGCGGCGGCGCUGGACAAGCUGGCGCACCGCCUGGAGGAGGCCGAGGGCGAGGCGGCGGCGCGGGCCGACUCGGCGCGCAAGCGCGAGCUCGAGCUGCAGAGGCUCCGGCGGGGCCUCGAGGAGGCCACGGUGCAGCAGGAGGAGGCGGUGACGGCUAUGAGGGCGAAGCACGGCGACGCCCUGGUGCACGCCAACGAGCAGAUUGAGGAUCUGCAUAAGUUGAAGCAGAACCUAGAGAAGGAGAAAUGUGAGCUGGGCAUGCAAGUGGAGGAUCUUGGGAACAGCCUUGAGCAGCUGAACAAGACUAAGGUGAGCCUGCAGAAGGCCAACAGGCAGCUGGACGAGCAGCUGUGCGAGCUCAGGAAGAAGGACGAGGCGGGCGCGAAGGCCGCGGGUGACCUCGCGGCGCAGAGGGCCCUCGCACUGGCCGAGAGGGAUGCCCUGGGUCGCCAGCUGGAGGAGAAGGAGCUGCAGGUCAUUCAGGCGGCGAAGCUGUCGCAGUCUCUGACGCAGAUGAUCGAGGAGCUGAGGCAGCAGCUGCUGGAGGAGAGCAAGGCCCGCGCGACGCUGAGUGGCAUGGUGAAGGCGGCGCGGCACGACCGCAUGCUCCUCGGCGAGCUGGGCGAGGAGGAGGAGGCGGCCCUGCUCAGCACGCAGCGCGCGCUGUCCCAAGCACACGCCGAGGUGGCGCAGUGGCGCGCCAAGUACGAGAUGGACGUCAUCCAGCGCACGGACGAGCUCGAGGACGCCAAGAAGAAGAUCGCGGCGCGGCUGCAGGUGGCGGAGGAGGAGAAGGAAGCCGCCAACGCAAAGUGCGCGUCGCUGGAAAAAACCCGGAAACGACUGCAGAUCGACGUGGAUGAUCUCACGAUGGAAUCGGAGAGGGUCCAGGCGGCAAACACCAACCUGCAGAAGAAGCAGAAAGCUUUCGAGACGGUCCUGGCCGAGUGGAAGCAGCGGCAGCAGGAGACGCAGGACGAGCUGCUGGCCGCUCAGAAGGAGAGCUGCGCGCUUGGCACCGAGGUCUUCAAGCUGAAAAAUCUCCACGAGGAGAUGAUAGCGCAAGUGGAAAACCUCAAGAGGGACAAAGAGGCCCUCCAAGGAGAGGUGCAGGAUCUGGCGGAACAGCUGGCCGAUCGUGAGGACAUCAUGCGAGGUUUGGAGAAGUCCAGAAAGCAACUGGAGACUGAGAAGAUGGAGGCCGUGGCUUCGCUGGAGGAGCUUGAGACAACGCUGGAGUAUUCGGAGGGCCGAGUGAUGCGCAUCAAAUUGGAGAUCACGCAGGCCAAGGCGGAGAUGGCUCGCAGGCUCUCGGAGAAGGACGAGGAGGUGCAGGUGAUGGUGAGGCUCCACCAGCGGAACGUUGAGAGCCUCCAGUUUUCCCUGGAGGCCGAGAUGAAGGCCAAGGCGGAGGCUGUGAGGCUCAGCAAGAAGAUUGAGACGGAGCUGAUUGAGAAACAGACAGCGCUGGCUCAGGCCUUGCGCCAGGCCUCAGAGGCCCAGGAGCACCUCAAGGGCCUGCAGGCCCAGAUAAAGGCGCUGCAGCUGCAGCUGGACGAAGAGGAGCGCGGGUCGCGUGAGCGUGCCGAGCAGUGCGUGGAGCUGGAGCGCCGCUGCGGGGUGCUCCAGGAGGAACUCCAGGAGGCGGCGGCAGCACUGGAGCAGGCGGAGCGCUGCCGUCGCGCUAGCGAACAGGAGGCACAAGACGUGUCGCAGAGGGUGCAGCUGCUGCUCACGCAGAACACAAGUCUUAUCUCUCAGAAGAAGAAACUGGAGAGCGAUCUGGCCGAAGCGAGCGCCGCGCUGGAGAAAUCUGUGCAGCAGAACAGCAUCGUGGAGGAGAGGGCCGCCAAGGCGACGUCUGACCUGUGCAUGGUGUCCGAUGAGCUCCAGGCGUCGCGGGACGUGCUUUCCCACAUGGAGCGCGUCAAGGCCAACAUGGAGGACGCGGCGCAUGACCUCCAGGCUCGCCUGCAGGAGGCCGAGGAGGAGGCCAUGAAGGGCGGCAAGAAGCAGCUGCUCAAGAUGGAGGCGCGGAUGCGAGAGCUGCAGUCAGAUCUGGACGAGGAGCAGAGGAGGAGCGCGGAGACUGUGAAGGUGGCUCGGAAACACGAGCGCAGAGUCAAGGAGCUCACGAUACUGGCGGAGGAGGACAGGAAGACAGCUGUCCGCCAACAGGAUCUCGUCGAGAAACUCCAGAUGCAAGUGAAGUCGUUCAAGAAGCAGAGCGAAGAGGCCGAAGCGCAAAUCAACACGAGUCUCGCCAAGUGCCGCAAGGUGCAGCAGCAGCUGGGCUCGGCGGAGGAGCGCGCGGACAUGGCCGAGUCACAGGUUCAGAAGCUGCGCUCGCGAUGCCGCAACGCCGUCGGCCUCAAGACCGAUGCAAAGUAACUGCAGCACAAUUUUACGAUGCCAAGCUAACUCAGAAGCACAGAUUCCACCACAAGUUCUUCCAUCCGAAUCGGCUCCAGGAGACCAGUUUUCAGUGUCUUGAGGCUCGGCUCCAGGAGAUCGGGUCACAGUGUCUUGAGAAUGUUGCAGGAGACCGGGUCUCAGGGUCUUGAGACUUGGGGACUUGGAGACUUGGCUCCAGGAGACUGGGUCUCAGUGUCUUGAGAAUUGGCUCCAGGAGACCGGGUCUCAGUGUCUUGGGACUUGGCACGAGGAGAGCAGUUUUCGUUGUGGUUAAUAAAAUAAGUCGGUAUUUGUGACAUAAAAACACAUGAAUGCACAAUAAAGGUGAUUUCAAUGA